AGCAGGAAAGAAAAAGCAAUAAACGAUGCGUAGUCAGGCUGCUUCUCUUUGGUUGAAUUGUGAAGGACUGUUAGGCAUCUUCCCUUGCAUGAGAAAGUCAAUAUUUUAAUACAUUUUAAUACAUGGAGGAUGAUUUAGCUGUUUCUCAAACCCCACAAAGCUACUUUUCUCCACCAACUCCUAGCGUAAGAUGGAUGAGAAUAAUGAGGAAACACAGCAACCUUUGCUCACCACUAACACCACCAGCUACUAUGAGAAUUGCCCAGGUUGCCAGAUUGACCUCUUCAAAGAGACCAAUCCUCGCAUCCCUUUCAAGCUUUUAUUCUAUGUUUGGAUUAUUGUGCUUUGCGCAGCUUUGCCUAUAUCUUCUCUUUUUCCUUUCCUCUAUUUUAUGCUCUUGAACAUUCACUCUCUGCAGAUAAGGGACUUCCAUAUUGCAAAAAGAGAGGAAGACAUUGGCUACUAUGCUGGUUAUGUGGGAUCUGCAUAUAUGUUUGGAAGAGCUUUGACUUCUGUACUCUGGGGAGUGAUUGCUGAUCGAUAUGGUCGAAAGCCUGUCAUAAUAUUUGGCAUGAUAACAUUGAUUAUUUUCAAUACCCUAUUUGGGCUCAGUACAAGCUUUUGGAUGGCAAUUUCUACAAGGUUUCUUCUUGGAAGUUUGUGUGGCAUACUUGGUCCGAUGAGGGCAUAUGCAUCAGAAGUUUGCCGAAAAGAAUAUCAAGCUUUGGGAAUGUCAAUUAUAAGCACAUCAUGGGGCAUUGGAUUAGUCAUGGGUCCAGCUCUUGGAGGUUUUCUUGCGCAGCCUGCAGAGAAAUAUGAAAACGUUUUUCCUAAAGAUUCUCUUUUUGGGAGGUUUCCAUACUUUUUACCUUGCCUUUUGAUAUCAAUCUUUGGAUUGGGUGUAUUUGUCCUUUCUUUUUCGCUUCCGGAAACAUUGCACAACCAUAAAGGAAAUGAUGAAGAAUGCCAUGAUUCAUAUGAUAAGCCAGAAAUGAAUGAAGGAAAAAGCCUAGUUUCUGAAGAAAGCCUGCUGAAAAAUUGGCCCUUAAUGUCAUCCAUUAUCGUGUAUUGUGUGUUCCAACUUCAUGACAUGGCCUAUGCAGAGAUUUUCUCAUUAUGGGCAGUUAGUCCUAGGAAGAAUGGCGGAUUGAGCUAUUCCACAGCAGAUGUUGGUGAAGUUCUUGCAAUCUCAGGCUUUGGACUGCUACUCUUUCAACUAUUUUUAUACCCACUGGUGGAAAGAAAUUUGGGACCAGUCAUGGUAUCUCGCAUAGGAGCAGUCCUGACUGUGCCAUUGCUGGCUAGCUACCCUUUUAUAGCUUUGCUAAAAGGCCUCGGCCUCACCCUACUGAUUGACUGUGCAUCUGUGCUGAAGAAUGUGCUCUGUGUGCAUUUGGCCAUAAUUUAUCUCCAAUCCACUUUUUAUAAAUCAAAUGCUAUGAUUGAGAGGAAAAAGGAAAGAAAGAAGAAAGUUACAACAUUAUUAGCCAAGGGACAAUCCAAUAAAGUCACAUUAAAAACCCACAAUAAUUAAUGAAUGGAAAAAUUAUUGUAAAAAAUAACGAAUAUAAUAAAUAUGUUUUCCAUCUUGGUAUUUAAUCUGUAAAAUAAUUCUGUGAUAUCCCUAUUAUUUCAGUGGAAUUCUGGCUAUAUGCACUGGAUGAGAAAUUAUUAAUUUGUUUAACCAUCAGAUUUAAAAAAAAUUAAUGUUCAAGCACUCAAAUAGAAAUUGGGUAGAACUUUAACCAAUAUUUCUAUUGAUAUCCUUUUUAAACAUUUUAUUUUCCACUUCAUAUAAAUAACUAAAUGUUCACUAAAAAAAUGGAACUAAAUAAAUUUAGACUAGUCAAUUGAAUGAAGAAAAUAUUGAUGUGAUAUACAUCUUGCAUUGCCCUAAGAAAAACAACAUUUGUUUGCCAUUAAUUGAGAAGAGUUUCCUCAAGAUCUGGAGCAUUCUAUCUUGGUUGGGGUUUCUGACAUCAAUAUCCCCUUCACUUUUUUUUUUUUUGAGUUUUUCAGCAUCGAAGGAGUUGGAUAA